AUGGAAGAGUACCAAAAAAAAGUAACCGAAUUUGGGGGCUCACUGAAAAAGUUAGAAGGAAAAUUACAGAAAUGGUACAACCGUACACGUCCGAGAUACAUCGACCUAGUAGGCGAUUUCGGAGGUCGCGAACUAUUUAUCAUUGAGGGAGACAGCUUAUUAUUCAGUUUUUUCUUCGAUCCUAAAACGCACUGGCUCGAUCUCACAGAUCCAACAGGUGGCAGCCAAUUCCUAGGGGUCACGUAUCUCGUCGAAAAAUUCCUAUCGAAUCUUCUUGACCGACAUUGUGCUUUCUAUCUAGUAUUUUUUGAGGCACAUAAAUUCAUUUGGAGAGAAAAUUCCAAGUUCUUGGUGGUCAGGCAAGCUGUAAUAGAGCAUUUAAAAGCAAAUGCGAACGAAGUCACUUUAAUCGAAUUUAAGGAUUGGUGGGGCGAAGUGUGGAAUGAAUUUCUCGAUAUACGGCAACCUCUGUUCGUUCUGCUGGAUGAUGGACAACAGAAUACACCAGCUUAUCAAAAAUCUUCCGAUCAAAGUUCAUCAAAUGAUGUCAAACUUAUAGCGAAAAGGCUAGUAUGCUUUUGUCAAGCCUUUAUGUUUUCCUGUAUAACGAAAGAUGUGUCCAUUGCCCUGCUUCCAGGACUGCUUUUCAAAGAUUCUUGUGUCUUCGCGUUUGUUUUCGACAGGAUCGGAUAUUUUUUAAGCAAACAAGAGUGUACUAAUCUUGAGGAAGAGAUCCGAAAGGUUUUGCCCACGUAUGUCCCGAUCCCCAUUUCUUCAAUAGAUAUUCCCAAAGAAGUUCCUGCAAUCCACCAACUUAAAAGUUCCGGCAAUCAACGGAUGUUUUAUAUAAUUCUUUCUGUACAUCAUAUUCUUCUAAAUCAAUGGUUUCCUGAGGGCGUUAUAAAGGCCUUUAUCUACCAUGCUCUGCUAUUAGACUAUCUUCCACUCAAAGCGCGUGCUCAAAAACCCUUGACCUUCACACCGCCCGAGGUUGUUUCUUUCUUGGAUGAGUUUUAUAAAUGUGCGCAGCUAUUCAUGAAUUCCCAUUGGCAACGUCAGGCUGAGACUUUUAAAUUGGCUUGUAACCUAGGCGACUUUAUUGAUGCAAGAUUAUAUGCGGUUCUUGUUUCUUUAUCCGAACAUGAUCUGACCUUACCAUCCGAAAUUCAAGAGAAUGCCGAAACGACAUUGGAUAUUCUAUAUCAACAUUGCCAAUCAAAAAUCCAUAGUUCAUUACCAGGUUCCUCGGUUGUCAUUCCUUCACCAUCCACAUCCAGGGACACCAAUGGUCUGCUAGAGCUUCGCUUGUUUCCAUUUAAAUUCCCAUUUUAUGAGAAAUAUCUUGAUAAUCUGAAUCUAAACAGCAAUGAGGUAGAUGCCAUCGAUGGAGAAAUUGAUUAUGGGAGAUAUGGUCAGAACGGCAAUGCAGAGUAUGUCGACGAGUAUCAUUGGCAUGUGAAGAAGUCUUUGAAUGAAAUUACAAUUCGAAACGACUCUCGGUUGAGAGAUUAUCAAAAAUACGUGCGAUUUAUGCAGUCUUACGCCACAUCGCUGGGUACUACACACAAUCAGACGAUUACAGUCGAUAGAAAGAAAUCAAAAAAUCAAAAAGAUGCCAGGCAGUCCGAACAACAGGCCAAGAAAAAAGGAAAACAAGCUAUUAAGGCAAACAAGGUGGGUAAUAAAGCGAAAGCCAUAAUUGAAGCUAAUAAGGAAAAAAAUCUCGAAAAAGUUGCCGCUGACUCUCAGCGAGUUCUAGGCACAUGGUCUGCUGAGAUCGAUAGGUUGAAGGGCACUGGGGAAAAAUUGAAACGGCUCUCGGGGCUCCUGAAAAAUCCUGAGAAGUUGAAGCAUCCUCCGACAAUGAUGAAGAUGCAGCUCAUAAAAUUACAACUGCAAGUACAAUUUUGGGCUGAUGAACUUAAUAAGGAUAAUCGUGAUGGUCGCACCGACUUUUCCAAGGCCAUGGACGUUUAUCGACAAGUAUUCAACAUAUUUCACGAAUUUUCGAAUAUCUUGACAAAUGAAGUGAAACAGAUCUUGGAAAAGGUCUUGGACCGACUUGGCAUGGAAUCUUCAGCACGAAAGCUUCGCGAAUUUAUUCCAAAGACCAAAACUAGCAAAUCAGAGUGUUUAUUUCAAUUCCCUUCGAAACCAAUCAAUCUUCCGGUUGAACUUUCAGACGCGCGAUUCCAAUUGAAAUACGGUGGUCACUCGAUGGACCGUGAUACAAAUGCGGUGGAUGAUCCGAGGAUAAAGACGUUCAGACCAGACCCUUGGCAAGUGGAAGUGUUAGAUAUCAUUGAUCGUAAAGAGUCUGCGUUGGUAUGUUGCCCUACAUCUUCGGGAAAGACAUUCAUCGCCUUUUAUGCGAUGGAACAGAUAUUGAGAGAGGACGAUAAAGGAAUCAUUGUCUAUGUAGCACCUACUAAAGCACUUGUCAACCAAAUCACAGCUGAGGUGUAUGGAAGAUUUACGAAAAACUAUCCCAACGGUUCAGGAAUGUCACAUUGGGGCAUUUAUACACGUGAUUAUCGCGAGAAUCACGACAAUUGUCAAAUAUUGAUUACCGUGCCAGAGAUGCUUGAGAUACUCAUGUUGUCACCCAAUCGUUCCGAUGACUGGUCCCCGAAGAUCCGCCGGAUCAUCUUUGAUGAGAUCCAUUCUAUAGGCGAAGCAGAUGGUGGUGUAGUGUGGGAACAUCUUCUUCUCCUAUCUCAAUGUCCUAUUCUCGCAUUAUCCGCCACCGUUGGAAACCCAGAUGAAUUUCAUAGUUGGGUUGAAAAGGCACAAAAAUUGCGCGGAAUUAAGAUGCGCCUGAUAAAAAGCGAUAAGAGAUAUUCAGAACUAAUGAAAUUUGCUUAUAUUCCUUCGCUGCCACUUCCCCCUUUCGAGACUGUAUACCCAAAACCAACUGAUUGUUUUAUUCCCGUUCAUCCAUGUUCCGCAUUGUCCUGGGUAAUACUGAAGGAAAAAGGAUUUCCAACAGAUAUGAAAAUCUUGCCCGAUGAAUGUCUUCAACUAUAUGACAAGAUGUGUGACGUUUCUAGCGGUGGAGAUCAAAAAAUGUUAAACCGACUGAACCCAGACAAUUGGUUUCGGAACAAGAUACCAAUCACAAAGGCGGACGCCAGCGAAUACGAAAAGGCCAUAAAGGAGGCCUUCCGGAAUUGGACCAUGGAUGAUGGUAAAAUGCAAUUUGUCAAACAAAUUAUCAGUUAUUUCAGGAACCUUCAAGAAAGCCAAUUCUCGAAACUGGAGUGCGGUUUUCUACCCGAAGCGAACGAAUUCCACGUUGGCAUAAAGCAGGGAAAAUUUGACAUGUAUGACGACGAUUUCUUGGAAUAUUCAAUUCUCAAUCUAGCCGCCGAACUCAACAGUCAGGAUAAACUCCCAGCCAUCUUCUUUCAUUUUGAUCGUCACGGUUGCAAUAAACUUGCCCUGAAAAUCUUUGGAACACUAGAAUCUAGAGAGGCUAAGAUACGAGAAAACGACGAAGAAUAUCAAACCCGGAAAAAAAAGGCAAUAUCGCAAACCGAAGCUAGAGAAAAGUUUUCAAAAAAGAUGUCGGAAUCGAAGAAAAAAAAAGGUCGACGCAACAAAGAUGACAAUGAAGUUGCUGAUUUAACGGUUUACGAUGACGAACCAGAGAUCUUUGAUUGGGAGAAGAAUGAUCCGAGGUUUAGCUUUGUGCCACCGAAUUCAUCUAUUACUGAUGAAGAAGUGGAGGAACUAAUUAAGCGUCAGCGUCGGGGUCAUGAUAAAAAUUCCUUCUGGAAAGCAUUAAAAAGGGGUAUUGGUGUACAUCAUGGAGGAAUGCCAAAAAAGUAUUUGCAAACGGUUGAAAUAUUGUUUCGGAAAAAGUAUGUUCGGGUUGUAAUUGCAACCGGCACAUUGGCUUUAGGUAUAAACAUGCCUUGUAAAACGGUUAUUUUUGCCGGCGAUUCGGUAUUCUUGACCGCACUGAAUUACAGGCGAGUGCUUAUGCUACUAAUAAGAAGAAGCGGUCGUCGAGGCUUCGAUCCAGUUGGAAACGUCAUUUUCUUUGGUCUGACUCGAACCAAAAUCUCACGGCUUCUCGUGUCUGAUUUACCAAAACUAAGCGGCCAUUUUCCAUUGACUACAACAAUGGUGUUGCGCAGCCUUCUCCUAUUGACGCAAUCCACGAAUACCAACUAUGCCGAAGAGGCCAUUAAAGGGUUUUUAGGGAAUUCAUUCUUCUGCUUGGGAAAGGAGCAUCUUUCCACUCAAAUCAAACACCAUCUAUACUUCUCCAUCCAGUACCUAAUACGGGAAAAUUUACUCAAUUACAAAGGUCAAUUAUUGAACCUUGCAGGAGCAGUAUAUCACCUCUAUUACACGGAACCCAGUAAUUUCGCGUUUGCAGUUUUGUACAAACACGGCGUUUUCCACGAAAUCUGCUCAACGGUGAACGAAAAUUCGCAAGAUGUCAAGGAUACACUCAUGCUCGUACUUUGCAAUCUUUUUAACGUGAAGCCAUUGCGACCCUUAGACACCUGUUUCUCGGAGCUCAGAAAAAAAUAUCCAUCCAAAAUCGUUCUUGACCCGAUUCCCGAACCAAUCCAGCGAAUUUUGAAUGCUCAUAAUGAUCGUGUUCUACAAAUAUAUUCAACAUAUAUUAUCUCUUUCUCCAAGACAAUCCAUGAACCAGACAACAAGCUUCCAUUGUCAAGGAGUCAAUUUCCGCCUAAACUUACCAAUCUCGACCACUUGGCUGGCCAGCUUAUGCAAACAUGCGUCUCUUUUACAGCCCGUUCGUCAUUCAUGGCUAUCGUUAGUGGUCAGGGUGAUUGUUUUAAUAACGUCUAUGACUUGGCAUCGCAUCUGCGCAGUAACAUAUUCCUUGAUGCUCACAGUAUCCCAUUUGUGGAAACCAAUCGUCAUCUGAACGCAUAUCUUUUGGAUUUCUUCUCGCAUGGUCAGGAAAAGGCUCUCACUGAAGCAAAUGGUAUCAGACCCGGUGAGGUUUGGCAGUGUCUAAAGGAUUUCUCUUUAAUCUUGAGCACUAUCUGUGUAUCAUUGGAGACCAUGGAUGGCAUGGAUGAAAAUGUGUUAAGUGGGUUCACGAUGGUACGAGAUCAUUUUAACGAUAAGUUCAAAGAAAUUUGGGCUUGA